GUCCGACGCGACGCAGUACGUGCCCCUGUAGCUUUGAGUGAGGAACCCCGAGCGCGGAGCUGCCAACGCCCGGCGCAGAGACACCAGCAGCGAGCGGCACGGUCCUGGUGAAUGAAAGUAGCAGAUUUUAACCGAGCGCAGCCAUGCAGACAAUUAAGUGCGUUGUGGUGGGGGAUGGUGCCGUGGGUAAAACUUGUCUCUUAAUCUCGUAUACAACCAACAAAUUCCCCUCUGAAUAUGUACCAACGGUCUUUGAUAAUUAUGCAGUUACGGUUAUGAUUGGUGGGGAGCCAUACACCCUAGGAUUAUUUGAUACUGCAGGUCAGGAAGAUUACGAUAGGUUACGACCACUGAGCUACCCUCAGACCGAUGUCUUUUUAGUCUGUUUCUCUGUUGUUUCACCUUCUUCAUUUGAAAACGUUAAAGAAAAGUGGGUACCUGAAAUCACUCACCACUGUCCAAAGACUCCAUUCCUACUGGUGGGGACACAGAUCGACUUGCGAGAUGACCCCUCAACAAUCGAGAAGCUUGCCAAGAACAAACAGAAGCCCAUUACUCCCGAGACGGCCGAGAAGCUGGCCCGCGACCUGAAGGCUGUCAAAUACGUGGAGUGCUCCGCUCUCACGCAGAAAGGACUAAAGAAUGUAUUUGACGAAGCAAUUUUGGCUGCCCUGGAGCCACCAGAGCCCAAGAAGAAACGCAAGUGUAAGCUGCUAUGAGCACCCUGCCUCUCCCCUUCCUUCCUCCGCUAAGAGCUGCUCGUCAGCUUUGUACUCUAAAGCAAUGUUUGAAAAAACAAAUACAAGAUUCAGAUUUUUUUCUGCAAUAGAGAAUUAAAGAAAUCCCCCUGCAUUCGGCAUGGGCUGAAAAAAAAUGAAGCAUACCUUUUUUGUGACCACAUUCCCUUUAAUCUAACAAUGUAGUAGUUGACGUUUUUAAUGAUUUGUACUGUCAGGAUCUUAUUUUAUUUUAUAGAGCCACUGCUGUGAUUUAUCAAUUUGUAACAUUUCAGUAAAUUGGGUUGGGGGGAGAUCUUAAUUGCAAUCCUGAGUGCCACAUUGGAAUAACCAAAAACAGGGUUAUGUAGAUUUUUCUUUUUCCAUUUAAAACCGUGACGGGUGACGGUUUAAAAUAGAAGUUCAUAGGCAAAGCAUCGUAUGACCAUGAUUUGCUGACUAAGCCACUUUUCAUUACAGUUCCAGCGUCAAGCUCAGAGAGUGUCUAGAGAUUCCUUUAGCAGGAGCUUGGCUUUCUUUAUUGUUGAGCAGUGGGAGAUGAGCCUUAAUUCGUCCCCCUUCCGAAACAAAGCAGCGGUCUGCACGAGUGGCCCUGUGUGCACGUCCGGAUUAGAAAACGUGCCCUAGUCACCACGCAGACUACAGUCUUAGCAGCUCUGUAGUUUACUUACUGUAUAAUAGGAAUUUAAUGAAGUGCAUGGAGAUUUUUAUGCCAGAUGUAUAAUUUUAUGUGUUUUUUUUUGUUCUGUGAAACUCACAUUAGUUUGCAGCGUUAACAAAACCUUUCUUUAGAGGAGUAUUUAAGGGGGCAAGGGAGGGAGAAUCAGAAACGGUCUGAAAGGCAGGUAACUUUACAGUAUUGUGGUAUUCUGGUAUUCUAAUGUGGUGCCCGGGACCAAUUAGGCGUUGGCCAGAACUUGUUGAAGUAAAUGUGAGCAAAGUCUGGUUCCUCUGGUUAGAUGAAUAUUAAUACUGAUAAUGUAAGCUGGUAAAGUUGCUGUUGUAGACACCAGUGUUAUGUAUUUUUAUCAAAACCUUUUUUGUUGUUUUUCAUUUUAUAAAGGAACGUUUCACCUUUCACCAACUAGAUCUUAUAACCUUUUGGUGUUGAACCAAAUGCUUUGUCUGAUGUCUCAGUUCUUUGUAUAUGCAUUCUUUUCAAAAAUAUUAAACAUACUUUAAUUGCCUUUA